GACACCGAGAGAGAGAGAGAGAAUUCUGUUGUUGAUCAAGGAAGAGGAAGAUGUUCGGGAGGGAUCCAUGGGGCGGUCCGCUGGAGAUAUCGAAUGCGGACUCGGCGACGGACGACGACCGGAGCCGGAACCUGCAGGAGUACGACCGGGCGGCGCUGUCGCGGCAGCUGGACGAGACGCAGCAGAGCUGGCUCCUGGCGGCACCCGGUGACCCGUCCGGCAAGAAGAAGAAGCGCUACGUCGACCUCGGGUGCAUCGUCGUCAGCCGCAAGCUCUUUCUCUGGACCCUGGGCUCGGUGCUCGGCGUCGGCCUCCUCAUCGGCCUCAUCAUGCUCAUCGUCAAGACGGUGCCACACCGCCACCGCCCGCCGCCGCCUCCCGACGAGUACACCCUGGCGCUCCACAAGGCCCUCAUGUUCUUCAACGCCCAGCGCUCUGGGCCUCUGCCCAAGCAUAACAACGUGAGCUGGAGGGGGAACUCCGGCAUGAAGGAUGGCCUCUCGGACGACGCGAUCCGAAGGAGUCUGGUGGGAGGAUACUACGACGCCGGGGACGCCAUCAAGUUCAACUUCCCCAUGUCCUUCGCCAUGACGAUGCUCAGCUGGAGCGUGAUCGAGUACAGCGACAAAUACGAGGCCGCCGGAGAGCUGGAUCACGUUAAAGGAAUCAUCAAGUGGGGCACCGACUACCUCCUCAAGACCUUUAAUUCCUCUGCCGACAUCAUCGACCGCAUCGUCGCUCAGGUUGGUCAAGGGGACACGUCGAAGGGACCAAAUCCUAAUGACCAUUACUGCUGGGUGAGACCCGAAGACAUCGAUUACCCUCGGCCGGUGUAUGAAUGCCACAGUUGCUCUGAUCUGGCCGGAGAAAUGGCAGCCGCCUUGGCCGCAGCUUCGAUCGUGUUCAAGGACAGCAAGACCUACUCCGAGAAGCUUGUGCACGGUGCGAGGACCCUGUUCAAGUACGGAAGGGAGCAAAGAGGGAGAUACAGCCCAGGCGGCUCCGAUCCCUCACUCUUCUACAACUCCACCAGCUACUGGGAUGAGUUCGUGUGGGGUGGAGCAUGGUUGUAUUUUGCUACCGGCAAUUCCUCCUACCUUCAACUUGCUACUGCUCCGGGAUUAGCCAAGCAUGCAGGUGCCUUCUGGGGUGGCCCAGAUUACGGAGUUUUCAGCUGGGACAACAAGCUGACCGGUGCUCAGGUUCUUCUCAGCAGGUUGAGACUGUUCUUGAGUCCAGGCUAUCCAUACGAAGAAAUACUGAGGACAUUCCACAACCAGACGGGCAAUAUCAUGUGCUCAUACCUGCCUUACUUCACCUCAUUCAAUCGAACCAAAGGUGGUCUGAUUCAGCUUAAUCACGGAAGACCUCAACCCCUCCAAUACGCUGUCAAUGCGGCUUUCCUUUCCUCCCUGUUCAGCGAUUACCUCGAAGCUGCAGAUACCCCAGGAUGGUAUUGUGGGCCUAAUUUCUACUCCACAGAUACCCUACGCGGUUUUGCCAAGACUCAGAUCGAUUACAUUCUGGGAAACAAUCCUCGGAAGAUGAGCUACAUCGUUGGAUACGGCAAACGUUACCCUAAGCAUGUUCAUCACCGAGGCGCAUCGAUUCCUAAGAACGGGGCGAGGUAUGGCUGCAAGGGAGGAUACAAGUGGAGGGACAGCACGAGGCCCAAUCCGAACACCAUUGUUGGGGCUAUGGUAGCUGGUCCCGACAGGCACGAUGGAUUCCGAGAUGUUCGAGUGAAUUAUAAUUACACGGAGCCGACGCUGGCAGGGAAUGCUGGCCUCGUCGCAGCUCUGAUUUCCUUGUCUGGAGUGAAGACCGGCGUCGAUAAGAACACCAUCUUUUCUGCCGUCCCUCCAAUGUUUCCUACUCCUCCGCCACCCCCUGCAUCUUGGAAACCAUAGUGCAGACCAUAGCAUUAAUGACAGAGCGAAGAAUGAACGCCAGGAGGGGAGAUAGAUAGGUACAGCGUCUACUACCUUAUGCCAUCACAGGGUUGUUUGUGUAUAAUUCGUAGAACUGAGAUGACCCUUUCGUCGAACACCAAAGCUCCAUUUUCUUUUGAGUGCUUUACUUGUAUUUUUAUUUCAGAGGAGGAAUGUGAUGUCGCAUAUGAGUUUGUGGAAGGUUCAUGCUCUUUCCUGCUGA